CCCAACCACGAACAGUCGGUAGCGGCGGCGCGGUUGAAAGAGUGCGGGCGGUUGGUUCCCAUCGACCGGAGAAAGAAGCAUGGCGGCCGAUCCCUUGGACAGGGAGAAGAAGAAGAUGAAGAUGGCGGUGGAUCUGUGGAGCGACAGCGACGAGGAAUCGCCCGUCCCGUCCGAGUGGGCGGGGGUUAAUCCCGACUCCUUCCGCGACGACUACUUGGCCAAGGUGGAACAGGACAGGCUCGACGAACAAUCAGCUCCCCGCCCCGUGAAAAUUGCUACGCUCGAUUACUACAAACCCCCCACCAUGUUUCACACCGUCGAGCUCUUCCCCGUCUCUCAAUCCGGCAGCAAGGCCGUCCUCCGCGCUGCCAAAUUUCUUCUAGGGGUUUCAUCCUCGCUCGAUGGUGAACCGCUAAGACGGUGCUCUGGCUUCUGGGUCGACUGGGAUGAGGAGAAGAAAACCGGCCUUGUUUUGACAACUGCACGGCUGAUUCGCACAAAGGAUGCUCCUUACAGUGUCUGGUCAGGCGGUGAAGAGUAUGCUGCAGAUGCUCAUGUCACUGUUCAUUUGCUAAAUGGCACCAGUGCAGAGGGCCAGCUGGUCUAUCUCCAGCCCCACUACGAUCUCGCUUUCCUGAGCGUUCAGGUGGAUCAACCAAUCAACCUACCAUCUUUGAAUGAAAAAGAUGUAGAAUAUGCUCAAGAGGUUUUUCGGCUCGGAAGAGAUGAUUCCUUAAAUCUGAGGAUAACAUAUGCCAGGGCAGAAUAUUUGAAUCCAACCAUGUUUGAGCGGCACCACAAUGUAUACUUCCGUUCUCCAGAUGGCCAUGGCGAUAAUAGUGAGUAUGACAAUGGGGGCCCAGUUAUUAACUUGUGUGGAGAAGUUGUUGGAAUGGUCAACGUCCCUAAGAGAUUUGGGUCUUUUGUACCUUCUUCCAUUUUGCUCAAUUGUUUGGAUUCAUGGAAGAAAUAUCAGCACAUCCCCCGGCCCCAUCUUGGAAUGAUGUUUAAGGACAUCAAACUUCUAGAACCUGCUCAUGUUGACAUGUUAUGGCGUACGUUUAACAUUGAUGAUGGUCUUAUUGUUCAAGAGGUGUCGGGAGGAUCUGCUGCUGAGAAAUCUGGAAUCCAAAAAGGUGAUAUUAUUGAAUCUUUCAAUGGAAAGCCUGUUUCUUCCACAAUUGAGUUGGAAAAUGUGCUGAUGAGCAUAUGCAAGUGCCCUUUAGAUGUUGAAGUUCAUAUUUAUGUUGGGGUGUUUCACAUACUCAAAGAACAACGAAGCACCAUAGAGUUGACUGCAAAAUUAUCAGAACUUGGAGAAAUUAUUACAAGAGAACUCCGCCGGAAACCCAUCAGGGCCAAGGGCUUUACCGCACUUCAUUCCACCAAUAGCAUCAAGCACCUAUUUCUCCGUAAAAGGAGCAGACAGAGACUCAUUAUCGGCCUCACCGACUUGAGGUCCUACAGACUCUUGAACUGGAUGCCAGAUUGAGGGCGGAUGUUUCUAUAGCGUGGCAUACUGUGAUGGAUACUUACCUGUGACCAUAUGUAGUAUUGUAGAUAUAUUAGAAAUAACAUCUUUAUCUGUAAUUUAGUGCCUUGGUUCUCCAAAGUAGCAGCUCCUUGUGAGAUUUUCUCUACACCUUAUUGAAACCUCUCUUGGUGCCUGAGGAAGCGUCGAUAGUUGUCUUAUCUCAUUUGGUGGUCAACAAGGCCAAGUAUCUUGGCUCUGCGCAUAUGGGUAUGCACGAGGGGGCUCAUGAACUUUCUGAAAAAGCGAUAAUUUGUAACUGUUGCUGGUCUAUGGCAAUUCUUUUCCAUGGUGAUCUGACUGUAAACACAUGUUUUUUUGUUGUUGUUAUAAGUAGGUGAAAUUUCUAA